AUGCAAUUAAACUUUCUUUUUGUGACAAUGAUUGCACUUGUUAUCUUCGGAAUGAUCGUAGAAAAGUCAGAUGCUGGUGAUUGUGAUGGUAGCCACUGUGGAUGUUACAAAGGCUAUUGUUGGGCUUAUGUGAAUGAAGGACGUGUACGAGCAGGUGACUGGUGGUGUUACACUCAACGAUCAGGUAUAACUGGAAAACGAUCAAUGUGGCAGGAAUGCUGUUCUGAUAGUGACUGCUAUUGGCAUCGAACCUGUGGCAACCAUAUUCAGUACAAAGGUGAAGAAGAAGAAUAUCGUACUAUCUGCUGA